AUGUCGGACGGAGAAGAGCCCACCUCCCCUGUCGCUGCCGCCGAUGAGGUCGAGAUCGCAGGAGAUUCUGCUGCCACCGGCGGCUCGAUGAGCGUGCUCGAUGCUUUGAAAGGCGUCCUCAAAAUCGCCCUCAUCCACGACGGCCUGGCCCGCGGCCUGCGCGAAGCCUCCAAGGCGCUGGACCGACGCCAAGCGCACAUGUGCGUGCUCAACGAGGCGUGCGAGGAGGAAGCGUACAAGAAGCUCGUGAUCGCGCUGUGCUCGGAGCACAAGAUCCCGCUCAUCAAGGUGCCUGAUGGCAAGCAGCUCGGCGAGUGGGCUGGUCUGUGCGUGCUGGACCGCGAGGGUAAUGCGCGCAAGGUCGUCAACUGCUCGUGCGUCGUCGUCAAGGACUGGGGUGAGGAGAGCCAGGAGCGCAGCGUCCUGUUGAACUACUUCCAAAGCGAGCAGUAG